CUGGUCACUAGUUAUCUCCAAUAGCAUCCAUAUAUGGCUAUUAAUAUUUAGUUUAUGAUAUCACACUUUAAAAAUAGACAAAUGUAGUCUACUCGGCAGUCAUGAAGCUUCUAAGGUGUCAUGCCCUGAGGAGUCCUACCUUUGCGGCGAGAUUUUGUCAAACUACACCUUUUAAUACAAUCAAUCGCAGAUGUUAUUCCAGUAGUAGCGAACUAGAGGAAAGGAAGGAUCUCUUGUUAUGGCAGAUAAGGCUACUCUCAGUCAUAAGUAUGAUUGCUGGCUCAACGUAUCUUUCCUAUGUAUUCAUAUCAAAUGACUUUGACCUUAAGAGAACAAGAAGGAGAGUACUCAUCAAUUGGAAUGGUUUAUUCUAUGGGCAUUCUCUGCCAAAAAGGCACCAAGCCAUUGCAAAUUCCCGGUUUAAUGUAGCUCUUUGCGAUGAGCUAAAGACGGAACUCUGUAGGUAUUUUGUCAAUCUAGACAUCAAAAAGGAUAAUGGAGUUCGAAGAGCCGAUGCCCUCUGCUUUUUAGAAGAAGUUGGGAUAAUCAAAAAUGAACCAGUUGAAACGAAGGAAAAACCCAAGACAAGUGAGGACAAAAUUAUAGAAAAAUUCAUAUCACUCGGACAUGGACAAACAAAAACUCUGAGAACUCUCUCCGGAUGUACAUUACAAGAAUUUUGCGAACUGAUUGAAGCGCUUGUAAUGGAAGAACGGCUAAAAUCAAAUGCAGCCUUCGAAGAAGAGCUAAUCGAUAAGGUAAAGAUUCUAAAUUCGAAACUGAAGGAUGAAAAUUACCUAUUCAAUACUUCACAAAUGCCAAGCAACCCCCUCGUUACUAAACCAGCGAGAGAAAUGGCAAGUGAACUGCGCAAAUAUAUACAAAAGGAAUCGGAAGAAAAUGUAGCAUAUGAAAUACAAGAUGAAAUAAAACGCAAUGUACAGUUAAAAAAGAAACUGGAAGAUCUGUCCAAAGUCCGAAAGUUAACAGACACAGAACGGAAACGUUUAAAUGGAAUAUGCGACGAAUUAGAAAGUCUAAAGAAAGAGCUAAGUAAACACAAGCAUGCAGAACGAAUCUUGUUAUUCUAG